GCUAUCAGAUGCAAAAACGGCUUUCUGACCAAAAUAUCGUGAAAACGGUUAUUUUACAAUCCGAGUGUAAACAGCUGUCAGACGGAAGAAUUUGUAAAUAAUAACACUUGGAGGAUUCACGUAUAAGUGCCCACAUAAAAUGAUAAAAAAUCGACUAUUCCUUUUGCUCAUUUCGAGCAUACUGAUCGUCGAAACGGCACAAAUCACCAAAGACAAGGACAGCCCAUCCAUCAACCAAUCGAACGAAUUCAAUCCCCUGGGACCGCUGGUGAAGUGCUCGUUCCUUCCGCUCGAGUUUCUGGAUUGUGACGAACCACUGGAUCACAAGGGCAACCGGACGGCCAAAGAGGAGCAGGGACACGGUUGUGUGAAAUUCGGUGGCGUCUACUACGACGAUGUGGAGACGACCAAGAUCAAGUGUGUGGUUUUCGAUGCGAUCGAAUGUUUCGGACCGCGGGAAUUCAUGCGAGAUGGGUUUCCGUGCGUGAAAUAUACCGAUCACUACUUCGUGACCACGCUGCUGUACAGCAUCCUGCUGGGCUUUCUCGGGAUGGAUCGAUUCUGUUUGGGGCAAACCGGAACGGCCGUUGGGAAGCUGCUCACGCUCGGGGGGAUCGGCAUCUGGUGGAUUGUCGAUAUCGUGCUGCUGAUAACGAACAAUUUGCUGCCCGAGGACGGAAGCAACUGGAACACGAAAGUUUAGCGUGCGGCGUGAGGGAAUACUUGCGCAGCAUUGACAUUUGUAUAUAUAUAUAUAUAUAUAUAUAUAUAUAUAUAUAUAUAUAUAUAUAUAUAUAUAUAUAUAUAUAUAUAUAUAUAUAUAUAUAUAUAUAACGUUGUAAAUAAGACUGAAAGUUCGAGUUUGGGUUGUCUAGGGAUUGUGAUUUUAUCACUCGAUACGCCAGCGUGGAAGGCAUCUUAAUUCGAUUUAAUUCAUUUAAUUACAAAAUAUUAAGUAUGUUACAAUAAAUUUUCCAUCUGUUAGUCCAAUUGUUUUACUCGACAAUUUUUUCUCUACACUAUAUACAGUUACUUUAGAAAAGAAAAGUAAACAGUACAUCUAAAUUCUUCACUGGAUGCAAGAAUACGUAAACAAUGCGUAGAAAUUUUAUCUUAAUUCGCAAAUAAUUCAGCUAUUACAAAGAAUGUUGUCAUUUCCAUGGUCCAAUUAUACUUAAAUUAUUAACAAUUGUUCUUGUUCGAAAAAUAAAACUUGAAAUGCAGGGCAAAUGUGCACUAUGUGUCAGUAAGGAAUAAUAUGAGAAGCAGCAAAAAAUCUGCCUAAAUAUAAAUAAAGAAA